UGUAGAACAGUUUCAAUACAUCAUUUUUCACGAUCCUACUCCGGAGCAGCAGGUGGCGCCAUCAUCGCAAGCUAAAGCAUCCAUGGCGCCGUGGAAGACGAAGGCGAUAGAGCGCCGAAGUUGAGUUGAUUUUAGCGCUGAACUUCAAGAGCCGCGCCACCAGAUGGACGACAGACACAGAAGAUUCUUGCAGACGCUGAUGCGUAUUGGCAUUGUUGAUGAAGCAAAUGCAAAGCAACUCCUCCAUCAUUGUUGUAGUACGCAGAACAACCAGCUCGAUGACUUUAUUGAUACCAUCAACACUACUUUGGAGCCCAUGUUCAUGCAGAUUAGAAAAGGAAUGUGUGAAGAAAGCGGUGUGCAGCACUAUGCUUUAGUUAACAUGAUUGAAACGGACGCCACCACAAUGACAACCGACUACGCCGUUCAUGAACUGGAGAUUUUCCGGAAAGUAAUGGACCUGAUCGUGGACUCAGAAACUGGCAGGGUCUACUCCACGGAGAUUCUCAAUUGUGCCAAAUCCUUGACCAAAAAAACAAAGAAGAGAGACACAGAAGAGCUGCUCAAUCGACUUGUGCAAGACAAUUGGCUCAUUGAGAAAAAUGGUGAAUACUGCUUAUCUACCAGAUGUAUCAUUGAGAUGGAGCAAUACAUCCGCACUAUGUAUCAGGACCAGGUCAAAGUGUGCCGCAUCUGUCGCAACAUUGCCUUCCAGGUCCACUCCAAAAAACAUCACCUUACUAAAGUCUUUAAAGCUGAUCUUGAUGGUGUUGUGUCAAACAAAGUAGACAAAUUCUUUCUUUUAAAAUUUCAGAGUCAAAUCUGUGAGAAUCCAACAUGUGGCAUAAAUAUACACAACCCAUGUGUGGCAAGAUUCUUCAGAGGGGCGACAGAGCCUCGGUGCCCCGCCUGUAAUGAUGUUUGGCCUCACAGGAUCCCUGAUUUUGAGGCACGUCGGUCUCAGUCCAGCAAAUGAAGACCUUUGUAUCAUCUUUGUAUAUUAAAACAAGCUGUAUAUUUGUAAAUAUAAUAUUUGUUAGAUAUCUACAUUAUAACAAAUAUAGUCCAUCUGAUUUUAAUAGCAUCUUCAAAAGUUCAUGUAAAUAAAUAUCCUGUUUCCAUUUUGGUUUAAGAUUGCUUGGAAGGCAAAUAAAGUUUUUCAAAACAAAUAA